AUGCGUUCACAGCGCAAUCUGUCAAUUGUCUGCUCGCACUGCGAGGGAGAAGCUGGCGAUGUUAUUAUUGGCGGUAUACUCGACCUUCCAGCAAAAACAAUGCACGAGAAGUUAUCCCGCUACAUAAAUGAAUACGACGAUCUACGACGACUAUUACUUCACGAGCCACGAGGAUGCCCGGAAAUGAGCGCAAUGAUUAUCGUUCCACCCUGCGACCCUAGAGCCGAUGCCGGAUUUCUAAUUAUGGCACCUGGGGACUGGGUUCCCAUGUCAGGAUCUAAUACUAUAUGCACGACCACCGUUCUGCUCGAGACUGGAAUGGUGCCGAUGAUUGAGCCUUUGACUGAGGUCAAGUUGGACACGGCUGCGGGACUCAUUACGGCAACAGCUGAGUGCGACAAUGGUCGAUGCAAGUCUGUGUCUUUCGACAAUGUCCCGGCCUUUGUCUUCGCUCUCGACCAGGAAAUAUUUCUUCCAGAAAUUGGUACAGUCCGAGUCGAUAUUUCUUACGGAGGCCAGUGGUAUGUCAUUGCACAGGCUAAAGACUUGAAUAUUGAGGUUGAAACAUCGAAUGGAGCUCGGCUCAUCGAGCUUGGAAAGCAGCUGAAACAGGCGGUGCUUGACGCGUGCAUGCCUACGCACCCGGAGAACCCUGCUAUCUGCGGUGUCAAUAAUAUCAUCAUCACUCAGCCGUUGGUCAGCCGGGAGGGCAAAAAGUCUGUGAGACAUACGGUUAUUGUGACUCCUGGGAGGUUAGACCGCAGUCCCUGUGGCACUGGAAGCUCGUCUCGACUGGCGGUGCUGCACGCAAGGGGGCAGUUGGAAGUUGGGGAAAGUAUUACUUUCCAGAGCAUCAUCAACACCGAGUUUGUGGGUCGUAUACGGGGUCUGGAUAAGGUGGGCGAUUAUGAUGCAGUGUUGCCAAAUAUCAAAGGCAGGGCGUGGAUCACAGGGGACCGACAUGUUUGUCUUGAUCCGGAUGACCCUUUCCCAACGGGCUUCUUGAUCUAG